ACACCUAAAUACUCCAAUGAGACAACGCACUUAUAAACUGUCCAGUUAAUCAUUAAACACGCACAGUCCAUUUAUACAGUCUGUGGUACAGUGCGUCUCUCGCUGACCACGCCCUCACCGCGUUACGCAAGCCUCACGCACACCGUCGCGCAUUAAGGAAACUUGACAGGGUCGGCUUGACGCUGUCCUCUUCUCGGUGUUCUAUCUGUCAGCAUCGUGAAGGAGCUACAUCUUUGAGUCAGGAUGGUUGUGCUUUCAAAGGAGUAUGGAUAUGUGGUGCUGACUGGUGUUGCCAGUAUGGUGAUGAUUGGACAUCUGGCCGUAAAAGUUGGCAAAGCCCGCAAGAAGUACAAUGUGCCUUACCCUCAGAUGUACAGUGACGACCCAGAGAAUGGAAAUAUUUUCAACUGCAUCCAGCGUUCUCAUCAAAACACUCUGGAGAUCUACCCCGCCUUUCUGUUCUGCCUCGCUAUUGGUGGAUUGAACUGUCCUCGUUUUGCCAGUGGACUUGGAGUUGUGUGGAUUGUAAGCAGAGAGGUGUACGCACAUGGGUACUCUACAGGAGAUCCCAAAAAGAGGAUGCGGGGAGGUUUUGGAAACUUGGCCUUGCUCGGAUUGAUGCUGUCCACAUUCAACUUUGGACGCCAGCUGCUCGGCUGGACAGGACCCCCGAUGCGAGGCCCCUUCCGCCACAUUAAUGUUAAUGCUUGAUGGUGAGGAAAAACCCUUAAGCGUGGGCCCAUGUAUCUUACAAGGUGUGCUAACCUCUGACCAAUUUAAUAUUUAAAGUAAAGUAAGGAUCAUGCACUAAAGUAACCUGACUGGUUCUCCUCAAAGGGAAAUGCCUUAUUCAGAAUACUGGAUGUGAUGACCGGCACUCCCACGUAUAGCAAGAUCUUCCAGGUUGUCUUAAUUGCAUUUUCAACUUUGAAUUUUUAAAUUAACAAAUGAAGAUACUGUAAUAAUGAGGGAUAUUUCAGAGGGGAAUGCAGCCUGGAGAAUUUGAAAGGAUGUUUGCACAUGCCUAACUGAAACAUCAGAUUUUGUACAUUAAUGGAUACCUGACUACAGUUUGUAAGAAGAAUUGCUGUUGCAAUGUGUAAAACUUCACAAUCCCAGAAAUGAAUGUCUUGUUCUUUUAAUUUUAGAUUUUAUUAAAGAACUGAAAAAGGU